AUGGAGAGCGUCGCGUGCCCACUUUGCUGCGAGGACAGGUUUUCCAACCAAGACCUAUUAAAAUAUCAUUUAUUAAGUUUGACCACAAAUAUUCAGUGUCCUUUCUGUGGAAAACAGUGCGAUGACAUCAACUCAUUGGUCGCACAUUUGGAUAAAAUUUGCACCGACAAGGAAGAUGAAGCUGAGAAAUCAAUGCAAGACAAUGAUGAAAUGAUCGUAGUGUAUCCAGAUGACGAUGAACCGGAACCAGAUAACGAAGUUGGAGAAUACGAUAACCUUGUGGGAGAAGAAGAUUAUCAGAAUGAUGAGCGGCAAACUGAAACUGAUGCAGAAACUGGAGUUAAGAAAUUUAUUGAAGAAUUUACAAUUGAUGAUCCGGCUAAAACAUUGCGUCCAUCAGAAACAGUAGAAACAGAAAUUCUCGAAGAAUCAAAUCUUUAUCACUGUUCUGAAUGCAAUAUAAAUUUCCCAUCAAUUGAAGAACAUAUAAAUAAUUGUCACAAAGGUCAAGAAGUUGUAUUUCAGGUAAAUGAAAAUGAUAACCCUAAUAAUACAUUAAAAGAUAUUCCUGGUACCAUUUGUGAACAAAAUCCUGAGAGGGGAACUUGGAUCAAAUGGGGAAAUGGCUACUUUUUUACAAACCAUAAAGAUGUGGCAAUGAAGCAUUUGGUUAAUAUUAAAUCAGAAGAAACAACAACUAUGAAAACUAUUUCAGAAGAUUUUGUUGAUGUAAUAAAAGAUGAAAAUACAAAAAUUAAAAGCGAAGCGUAUCAAAAUCAUACUAGCAUGUUUUCUUCUAAUAUUUAUUCAAAUCAUUGUAUCACGGAUUCAUAUGGUGAUCGGUAUUUUGAUAUUCCCAUUUAUUUACUUCAUCAAGUAGCUGUAGCUGAUAAAGUUAAUGAUUAUUUCCAAGUCGAAGCCCGUAAAUUAAGUUUCAAGAAGCGAAUCCGUGUUAUACGAUUAAAAUCUGAUAUUAAUCAAUUUGAUAUUGAGCAAAUAUUAUUUCAAAAUAAACCAACUAAUUGCAACAUUAUUCCAAUUUUAGAAAAAUCAUCUGAAUGUAAUGAUUACUCUCAAUUAGAAAAUUUGGAGAAUUGUUUAUUGUUAACUUGGAAGUGUAUAGCAUGUAAUGUUAAAUCUGACCAUUGGUCCAAGUUAAACAAACAUAACUGCAUAGAAGAUGAUGCAACAACACCUAAAUCUAAAAAAAAUGUUGAUAGCAAAAAUCCAGCUAUUCGUAAUAAUAGUCGCACAGUUCCUAAUGUUCGAUCAAAACAUAUUUGUCCACAUUGUGGUGGAGAAUUUGAUUCAGAAGGUUAUUUAAGAACACAUCUUAUGGUACAUGUGAAUGAUUCAAAUAAAUGUCCAUUUUGUGAUCAACCAGUAGCACCUGAAAUGAUGGACACACAUUUAAUUGCUCAUCAAAAUCCUGAAUUUUCUAAUCUAAAAUUUUUAUGCAAUACAUGUAAUAAAUGUUAUGAUUCGGAAUUUCGUCUCCGGUGUCAUCAAAGAGCACAUGAAAUGCGACGUAAACCACGUGAAAUAUUAAUUUGUGAUGUUUGCGAUGCUACUUUUAUUGAUAAAAACUCUUUGAAACAUCAUGCCAUCACACAUAUUGAACCUCCUGAACGUUUACGCCGAUUACACGAAUGUCGUUUCUGUGGAAAAACUUUUGUUAAACCUAUUGAAAAAGUAAACCAUGAAAGAGUGCACACUGGCGAGAAACCUUUUGCCUGUCCGGUAUGUGGCCGUUGUUUCAGACUCAAGGAUCUCGUACAAAAACAUAUGCGUGUACAUACCAAAGAACGCCCUUACAAAUGCCGUCAUGAAGGUUGUGAUAAAACAUUCAGUGCAUCAAGCAGUAGAGUUAAUCAUGAACAAGGCCAUUCCGGUAUCAAGCAGUUUAAAUGUUUUUAUUGUCCUAGAUAUUUUAAAAAUUGGGUGUCAAGAAGUAAUCAUGUCCAAGAGCAUAUGGUUCAGCACAAAUGUGACAUUUGUGAUCGUUCUUUUGUGUCAUUUUGUAACUAUAAGAAACAUUUGAAAAUGCAUGCAGAGGGACGGCUCAAAUUCAGUUGUAUGCUAUGCCGUCAGGCAUUUGGAAGACAACUGUUUUUAGAUAAUCAUCUAAGUAAGGAACAUGAAAUGAAAUCAAAUAAAGAAGAAAACAUAAUUGAAUAAUUUUUAAUUUUAUAUAAAAAAUAUUAUAAAAUUCUAGUGAAAAUAACUAAAUAUAAUUUGUUCAACAAGCUAGUUUUGCAAGUAUAAAAAUAUAAAUAAUUUAUUAACUAAAAUGAAAUAAUUAUUACAAGAUUUGUACAAUUAUAAAUUUGUUUUAACUAAUUAACAAGUAAUAAUAAAUGUAGUGCAAGUUAUAGUUUAUCUUAAAUUACUUAAAUGCAACACUUUUUAGUAUAAUUAGAUAGAUGAGAUUUCAAAUAUAUUUUUAAUAAUAAGAUAUAAAAUAAAAAAUGUCGUUAACUAAAAGGUCAGUAUAAUAAUAAAAAAUAUAAACCGUAAAUACUAAACAAUUAAGGAUUGCACUAGAUGUUACUUAACAAAAUAUAGAUUUCCCUGUUAAAACAUAAAUCAAGUGCAUGCUUUCAUUGACUAGUACAUAAUGGAAAUUAAAAAUUUUAAAUUGGCCCCCUUGAAGUAUAGCACAUUAGGAUUGUUCUUAAAUAUAUAAUAAACUAUAGUGGGAUUAAAAUGAUUACCGAACAUAGCAAGAUACUGACUCAUCUGAACUAUCAGUGAAACUUAUGUCUGAAUCAUCGUGAUAUGGCCUAGUCGCAGAAUCUGCAAAUUAAUUUACAAUUUUCGUUAUUAAAUUAUUAUAUUUUGCAUAGAUACAAUAAAUUGAGAUAUCAUAAAAAUACAUAGAUACCAUAAAAUUAAUAAUAACUAUUAGUAAAUUCAUAGUUUAAAGUUAAGAGAAUUGUUAGUAAAUAGUUAUUAAAUUUACAUCAAAAUAAUUAAAACAUAUUAGCUGUAAACUCUUGAAGCACUAAUCUCAGAAUUGUAUAUUUAAAAUUUAUAUUUCAUUGAAAAAUAAAGGCAAUUCUAUCCAGUUUAAAAUCUAUGUAAAUCUAAAUGCUUUAAAAAUUGUAUUCUAUUUAUUUAUAAAAUAAUGUAAAGCUAAAAGCUAUAAAAUAAAUACAUAUACUAUUUUAUUGCAUGGUAUAGUUCAGAGGUGGCCAACCGGUCAAUCACAAGAUGAAUUUAAGCCAAUUGCGACACCCUUUUGCAUUUUCUUGAAUUUUUGAAUUUUUUUCAAAAAACAAAUAAAAAAUUUUUUUUGUAAAUUUGUGCAUCUUUGUAUAUCCCACAAAUAAAAUAUAUUUAUAUAUAUAUAUAUUUUUUUUUUUGGUCAAUUGCAACAACCUAGAAAAACUGGAAAGGUCAAUCGCAAGUCUAUUAAAGUUGGCCACCCCUGGUAUUUCAAAAUAAUAAAUAUAAAUAGUGCACAAUAUGUAAUAAAUUAAAUACUGGAUAUAUGUUUCAAGAAACUAAAAUAAAAUAAAUUUUUAUCUUGCAGACUAUA